AUGGAUGAUUAUAUAAGUGAUAGUGAUGAUUUAUGGAUCACAAUAGAAGAACUUGACGAGAAUAAUGAAAAUAAUAAUAGUCAAUUGCAAAACACAAAAAAAAGAACAAUGGAUGUUUUCUUAGAAUUAGAAAAUAAAAUUGAUAAACAUAUGGUACAAGUAAAUGAUAAUAUAACAAAAUUAGCUGAAGAAAUAAAAUCAAUGAAUAAAUCAUUAUAUGAACAUAUAUGUGAAUCAGUUCGUCAACAAAAGUCAAUGAAUGAAUCAUUAGCUACAAUUGUUGAUAUUUUGGUGAAAAAUUCUAAACAAUCUUGA